GUUAGGAGUUGAGAGGUCGACUUAGCCAAACAGCAUGGCGGCUACUUUCUUAUCACCGCAGUCAUGUUUAAUAACACACACAUAGGAAGCGAGGUGGUUGUGCGCUUUUAUACGGAUUAAGUAAUUUCUCGUGAGGAUAACAAGACUUUGCCAAAGCAGCUGCAGUGUCCUUGCAGGUUUGGAGGACUGGUUUGUUGACAGUGUUAAGCUGGUUAGCCAACAAUGCUAGCUCCCUCGCUAGUAUGUCGCAACUAAGUCGCUAGCAUGCUACCGUAUCCCGGGACUUGUUGGAGCUAGCUCACCUCAGUGGCUGAUUUUGAUCUCUGAAGGAGGACAGGACUUUAUAAAGAUAUGGCCGUGUCGGUGCGGGGCCUGUACUUCGUGGUCACCCUGUUUUUGGGUAGUUUCUUUGGCAGCGUCUUCAUGCUGGGUCCAGUGUUGCCCCUCAUGCUGCUGUCUCCUGCAUGGUACCGCUGGAUCACUGAUCGCAUCGUAGCUACCUGGCUAACCUUGCCUGUGUCCCUGCUGGAGCUGGUGUUUGGUGUGAAGGUGGUUAUAACAGGCGAUGGCUUUGUUCCGGGGGAGCGCAGUGUGAUAAUCAUGAACCACCGUACCCGGCUGGACUGGAUGUUCCUGUGGUGCUGCCUGCUCAGGUACAGCUACCUUCGUCUGGAGAAGAUCUGUCUCAAGGCUGCACUCAAGGCUGUGCCUGGCUUCGGCUGGGCGAUGCAAGUGGCCUGCUUCAUCUUUAUCCAUCGUCGCUGGGAGGAGGACAAGAGCCACUUGGAGAACAUGCUGGACUACUUCUGUGACAUCAGGGAGCCCCUGCAGCUGCUGCUGUUCCCUGAGGGCACUGACCUCACUGAAAACACAAGAGCAAAGAGUGAUGAGUUUGCUGCCAAGAAUAGCCUGCCUAAAUAUGAAUAUGUGCUGCAUCCCCGCACCACUGGAUUCACCUUCAUUGUGGACACAUUACGGAAAGGAGACAACCUGGAUGCGGUCCAUGACAUUACAGUGGCAUACCCCAAGAACAUCCCUCAGACAGAACGGCACCUUAUCCUGGGGCUUUUCCCCCGUGAGAUCCACUUCCAUGUACGCCGCUAUGAGGCUGCCUCCCUGCCCACCUCCUCCUCUGCCCUGCAGACUUGGUGUCAGGAGCGCUGGGCAGAGAAGGAGACCCGCCUGCGGGACUUUUACUCAGGCGAGCCCCGGGCUUUUGACAGGGACGGUGUGGCACGUGUGCCACCCUGUAAGACAGAGCUACGUGUGGCUCUCAUCAAAGCUGCCUCACUGCUUUACUGGAGCAGCUUUAUUGCACUGUGCUUCACGGGCCUCUGGCUCUGGGCUCCGUUCAGGUUCUACUUCCUGGUGAUGGUUGGGGUGUACCUGGGCCAGCAGAAGCUGAUAGGAGGGCUUGAGCUGCUGGAGUUGACCUGUCAUCGUUACUGGAAGUCCAUGGCUGCUAAUGCGGCUGAGAAGAAUAAGGUGCUGGAUGGGAAGAUGCAGUGAGGAAGGAAGAAAAGGACUGCCAAAUGUUUUGAAUUGUGUUCAGCAAGGACACUGAGGCCUCAGUUGUCUUGGCUUUGCUCAGUCCAGAGGGGCAGAGGAUCCCCUCCAGGGGCCCAGUCCUCCUCUGUCUUAGACAGGGAGGAAGGAGUGCACCUACUGACAAUAUGCAUGGCUUCACUGAAGGGAGCACAGCUUGCUCUGGAAGAGGCUGGGAAACAGUGGAAGAACAAGAGGAAUGUUAUGUUUUUAUGUCUGUGCGCUUGUUUCAAGGAAUUAAUCACUCAUUUUAUUGUGUCAGAUGCCCACUGUUUGUGACAGUAACUGUAUCUCCCUAGCUGUUGUUGCAGUAUAAGUUUAUGUUGUUGUUCAUCCGAGACCUCAAGGUUGUCAUUUGUGUCACAAGAAAAAAACAACAACAAUGGUUUUAGUUUUUAGUUCAGUUGUACUGUAGCUGUGUCUUUAAAGUUAGUUUUAUUUUCAUGUUAUGUUGCUCUUGGUUUUGUAUCUGUGUCUUUAAAGUGAUGGAACACAGCCAUAGCGCGGAACACUUAUAACAUGAGGACUUGACUCAUUUAACCAAUGUUCAGUACUGUAGUUAGCCAAAUUAGAUUAUUGACUCAUCUAGCCAAAUCAGUCAGUUUCCAUUAGUAGUCUUUAGCCAAGAAUAUGUCAUUAGAAAGGAAUGGUGUUAUUCCCAGGGAAUCAUAGGAACAUACACAACAUGUGUAUCAUUGUUUACGUUCAUAGGAUAUGAAUACUCCUUCAUACAAAUGCAUAAGUUAAUGUGAUGUUUAUUGAUUAGCUCUUGUUUUGUGCAUGUUUGUUCAAGUAGCUUUUGCACAUAAAAGCCAAAGGUGAGACGAGCAGACGUGAUGUAAAAAAGUAACCAAACAGAAUGUAGCCUGUCUAUCAGGAAAGGACAGCUUCACCCAUCACUGCCAAGGGUGCCUGCAACUGGAUUGAAGCAACACGUGUAAUCAUCAACUCCUGAAGAUCAAAGAUCUGACUGAGGACUGACUGCAGGCACAGAUGAGUUUUCUUGCCUCUGUGGGAACGAAGAGAUUCCUUGUAGAGGCAGGAUGUGGGUGGUGCUGAGGUGGAAGAAUGUCCUGUUGGGACAACAUUACCCCUCAAUGUGCAGGGUGGCACGGAGGACCAGACUUGGAGUGGAAAACUGGCCUUGAGCUCAACCUAAUCCAAAAAAGCCCUGUAAUGCCCACCUCUCCCUGUGUCCCUCAUUGGGGAGCUGGCAUUGAUGCGCCUGCUAAACUCAAUUAGCAAAUGACAGCUGAAAAAGCUACUCCAAUUGUGCCAAAAAAGGACAGAAAUUGAGACAUUACAUUGGAGCAGCACUUCAUCCACUCUUAGCUCUCAAUACCACCUAAACCAUGCCAUAUUCUGAGGGCUGUGAAAGAUUUCUCUUGUACAAUCUACAGCAGUUUUUAUGACACUGUGCAAUCAAAUCGAGUUGACCAUCAAACUGCUGCAGGUGUGGCAAUCAUAUUUUGUGAAAGAAAAGUCUUAUGUCCCAGUCAGCCAAAAUAAUAAGACUGACUGAAGUGUCUUUCUUGUUUAUGUGUAUCUGAGGCUCCCAGCGUUAAAGUGUAAAGGGGCUGGUUUCAGUCACUGUGAUCGGCUAUGUUAACAAUUCUCACAUCAGCAUGUCAAUAGUUUACCAAACAUGGUACCUUCCAAACGAGAACGUCUGAACCAGCCAGAACCAACAUGUAUCUCUCUGUCUCUGUCUCUCUCUUUCUCAUGCAAUUUUUUUGUUACUUAUUUUACAAUCAGCUGCUGAUGCUGGACCUCUUUAAAGUCUGUCCUCAGGUAAAUACAUCGGGCACUGUUAUCAAUCUCUUAAAGAAAUAAACAUAUAUCUAAAUAAAUAUACCAUCUUAAUCCAU